AAUAAUACACCAUACAAAAUUCAUACACAACUCGGACGGUUGCGGCGGCAACGGGGUCCUUUUUGAUACCGGGUCAAUGGCCUGGAAAGGACCGGCAGGGGUACCUUUGGAAUUUUCCACAUGUGUUUUACGCGGGAAAAAGUAACGGAAAAGAGAAAUAAAGAAAACAAACAGUUCGUAAAUUUGGGGUUAAUUUCCGUUAAAGCGUGAAACAUACGGUACUCAAAAAAUUUCGAACUUUAUUUAUUUCUAAGCAUUAUUUUUUCGCAAUUUUCACCUUCAGUUUGAGACGUUGCGUUUUCUAUUUUUUUAUCUCUCUCCCUCUCUCUAAACUCUUGGGCCAUGUCGUCGCAUGUAACUUCCUCAAACUCACAACGUCACGCUUGCCCUCCUCUCUCUCUCUCUCUCCUCCCUUUCGCUCUCCUCCAUUUCUUUUUAUCCCCCUGUUCUGAGAACGAUUACAGUCUCCAUGCCUUGAUUUUCUCACUCUUAUCUUUAGUACAUUUCUGGCCCUGAAAAUGAUUCGGGUAAAUGGGGGAGCUCUGUUUUCUUUCUCCUUGUACCUUGUACUUUGUUUUUCUGUGAUUCUUCCUGUUCUUUGUGAUUUUCCAGCGACUUUUCAGCUUGAGAAGGUUGCCCCAAAUGUUGACUCUUUAGAAUUGGAGGGAUUGAGGGCAAGAGACAGGGCACGCCAUGGCCGGUUGCUACAAAACGUUGUAGAUUUCCCUGUUAAUGGAUCCUAUGAUCCUUUCACUUUUGGGCUGUACUUCACAAAAGUGCAAUUGGGCAAUCCCCCAAAAGAAUUUUAUGUACAGAUUGAUACAGGAAGCGAUAUUUUGUGGGUCACCUGUGCAUCAUGCAGGGGUUGUCCUAAUACCAGUGGACUAGGAAUUACACUAGAGUUCUUUAAUCCCCAACAAUCAUCAACAGCUAGUAUGAUGUCUUGUACGAAUCCCAAAUGCAUCGCUGCAACUCGAUCUUCAGAAGCUGGAUGUAGCUCUAAAUCGAGUUGUGAUUAUUCCUUUCAAUAUGGUGAUGGAAGUGGGACUAAUGGUCAUUACGUCUCUGACACUAUGCACUUCCAAACAGUAGUUGGAGAUGAUUCUACAUCAAAUUCUUCAGCUUCUGUCAUUUUCGGUUGUAGCGACUCUCAAACUGGCGGGUUGACAAAAUCAGAUAGGGCAGUUGAUGGGAUCUUGGGAUUGGGGCAAAGUGAUCUGUCCAUUAUUUCUCAACUGUCAUCCCAAGGGGUAGCACCAAAAGUUUUCUCUCACUGCUUGAGAGCAGGAGGUGGUGGAAUACUAGUUUUGGGAGAGAUUGUGGAGCCUGGAAUUGUCUAUACACCAAUUAUUCAAUCACUGCCUCAUUAUAAUUUGAAUCUUCAGAGUAUUUCUGUAAAUGGGCAAACAUUGUCAAUUGACUCGUCAGUGUUUGCAACCUCAAGCACUCAAGGAACCAUAAUUGAUUCUGGAACAACAUUGGCAUACCUUGCAGAUGAAGCUUACGACCCAUUUGUCAAUGCUAUUGCUGCUGCAGUUUCACAGUCUGCACGCACCGUUCCUGUAAAAGACAAUCAGUGUUUUGUGGCUGCCAGUAGUUUGGAUGGGAUAUUUCCUACUGUUACAUUGAACUUUCAAGGUGCAUCUAUGAAGUUAAACCCUGAAGACUAUCUCAUUCAGCAGGGUUCUGUUGAUAAUGCAAUUAUAUGGUGCAUUGGCUGGCAGAAAAAUCAGGGUCAAUCACUGACAAUUUUAGGAGACCUUGUUCUAAAAGACAAGAUCUUGGUGUAUGAUCUGGAGAACCAACGUAUAGGGUGGACCAAUUUUAACUGUGGGUCUCCUGUGAAUGUUUCAUCAUCUUCUCAUAAGAACGAGUUCAUCAAUGCUGGGCAGCUUAGCAAGAAUGGAAGCCCAUCACUUGUAACAAUAAAUCCUCUGGUUUGCCUUGGACAUCUGUUACUUAGUCUAUCCUUUCUACAUUUGUGUACAAAAAUAUUGAUUAUCUGAUUCUUCAUUUGUUAUUCUUAAGCCCCCUGGUAUUUAUAGAGGUCUGGUUCCAACUUUGUUUAUUGACCCUCCCCACCUCCCCCCUCCUCCCUCCUCUUUCUGUCCCUACCUCCAUUCCUCCCUCCUCUCUCUCUCU